AUGCUUGAUGAAGACUUCUGUCCUUGCAGUUCACCAGAUCUUUGGAAAGAAGCAUUAGACUGUCAAGAUCUUACUGAAACUCAAGCUUUAGACGAUAUAAUACAAGAGAAUUCAGAUAAUGAGUUGGUGGAAGAGACAAGGUUUUACUUAUUUUUAUUUAUAUGUAGCGAUGAUGAUGUGGUACCUAAUUCUCACAAUAACUCUAAAGCUAAAUCUCCGAGCAAAUCAACGAGUCCGUCGACCAGUAUCAGAAGUAGUCAGCUAGUAACUCCGGUUCAAGUUGAACGUAAAAUUUCCCAGGUGCUUAGACAAGAAUAUGCUAGCCGUAACAGAGCUAGUAAUAAUAAGAAUGAAUACAUUAUUUCUGAGUCGAGUGAAUCAGAUAGUGAUUCAAGUAUUGAUAAAAGACCAUUGCAAAGUCCAUCUGUAAGAAAUGAAGCGAAUUCUGAAAUAAAUGUUAAUAGUUCAGAUAGUGAAACUGGUGGUUUUGAUGAAGCACAAACUGUUUCAGCCAAAAGUGCUAGUCAAUCUUUAAAAGAAAAAGGAAAUCUUGCACAUAAUAGUGCUGUUGAUGAUAGUUCAGAUGAUAGUUUUAAUGAAGCACAAACUCUUUCGGCCAAAAGUGCUAGUCAGUCUUUAAGAGAUAAAGAAAAUCUUAAAAAUAAUAGUCUUGUUGAUAAUAAACCUUCCGUUUCAAAGCCCGCUGGCCAAUCUGCCUCAUCUUCAAAUGAUAUUCAAAAUAAUAAUCCAGAUUUAGAUGAUGAGAUACAACAGUGGUUGGAAGAAAAUAAUAAUGAAAUUCAAUGGGUGAAACCUAGAAACGAUUUGUAAGUUAACAUUUUUUUUUACCGGCAAGAUUAAUAAUAAAGGACAUGUCUAUUCACACGUAAAAAAGUUCUGAUAUAUCUACACUGUGUGAAUGUAAAGGCUCUUAAAUUCACGCAGCGUAGAUUUAUCAGGACUUUUUUACGAGUGAAUAGACACUUCUAAUAUAAUAAUAAAUAGAUUAAUUAAUACACUUUAAUUAGUCGGGCAAGUGUAAAUUUUUUUUAAAUUAAAUUUAUCACUAAUACGAUUAAUCACGAUUUUAGAGAUGAGAUAAAAAAUA